AUGACGAGCACUGGGGCGGACGCGACCCGGGAGUCGGUGCUGCGCCAUCGGCACGCGCGCGAGGCGGACGGUGCGCCGCCUACGAUGACAGCCGACAUGCAAGUACCGCGCGGACACGAAGAUGACGACUUUAUCGUGCUGCGCCCGCCGCACCGCCCGAAAGACUGCAAGCCGACCCUGCUGACGCCUCUCGUUAAUGUCGUCUGGCGCGUCUACACGGGGCUGUCGGGGAUUAUGGGCAUGAUUCUCAUGGAGCCUCAGGAGCUUGCGUUUAUGCUCUUCCUCUACGCGCUCAUCACCGCCACGCUCGUCAUGGCCGUGUUGCAGUUCCCGGCGUACUUCCAACUCGCACACCGCCGUCUGCACUACUACAUUACCGGCGAGUAG